CAGAUCAUUCAAACUGCGCUCACCACGUUCACUUUCUGGUAUGAAGGCACCUUCCCGGAUGAGGCGUCUCAGCGCUCGCUGAUCGCUACGAAUAUCGAGUUCGUAUUGUAAUUGGGGUUAGAUUCUGAUGAAUUGGAUUAGCUUCCAUAAGAGGAAGAGUUGAGUCAGAUUAAAUGCAAUCGUAACCACGAUCGGGUUGCACUUUUGUCUCCUCAUAGGCCCAUAUAAGCGCUCCGAGAUAUGCCUCCUGCGGAGACCCUUGACCCUUUGGAAGGACUCGUGCCCCGCUGCGUAACAGCAAGGCAGGUAGAAAAUGUCCUUGAUGCGCGCAUUAAUCCAUUUACAAAGUUACCCUACUCUUCCAAAUAUGAAAAGCUCUUGAAAUCCCGAACAAAUCUCCCAGUUUACGCUAAAAUGGAAGAAUUUCUUGAUGUGCUGAACCAUAACCAGGUCAUGAUCAUGAUAGGCGAAACCGGCUCGGGGAAAACUACGCAAAUACCUCAGUGGGUGGUUUAUUCCGAUUUACCGCACACUAGAAGGAAGAUAGUUGGGUGUACUCAGCCGCGCCGAGUCGCCGCAAUGUCAGUGGCGCGGCGCGUCGCGGAGGAAAUGGAUGUUCGACUCGGGAAGGAGGUGGGAUAUGCUAUCCGUUUCGAGGAUGUGACAGAGCCAGGAAAGACAUUCCUCAAGUAUAUGACCGAUGGAGUACUGCUUCGGGAAGCUAUGUCCGACCCAACACUCUCGCGCUAUUCCACGAUCAUUCUUGAUGAGGCCCAUGAACGUUCCCUAGCUACCGAUAUCCUCAUGGGUCUUCUGAAGGAUAUCUUACGGAAGAGAUCUGACCUCAAGUUGAUUGUGAUGAGUGCCACUCUCGAUGCGCGUAGAUUCCAAACGUACUUUGGUUUGAAGCCCGGGAGGACGGCCCCCUUGCUUAAAGUACCUGGUCGCAUAUUCCCCGUUGAAGUUUUCUAUACGCAGGAACCAGAGCCAGACUACGUUAACGCUGCGAUUCGCGCAGUCCUCACGAUACACCAAACUGAAAAGCCAGGAGACAUCCUGGUUUUCUUGACAGGAGAAGAAGAAAUUGAAGAUUCCUGCCGUAAGAUUUGUGUGGAAGUGGAUGACCUCCAGAAACACAACCCCGACGUUGUUGGACCUUUGGUUUGCAUACCUUUAUAUGCGUCACUACCGCCGCUACAGCAACAGCGAAUCUUCGACGAACCGCCGCCUCCUUUAAUAGACGGAGGUCCUCCAGGUCGGAAAGUGGUCGUUUCAACGAACAUCGCAGAAACCUCAUUAACAAUCGAUGGGAUCGUAUACGUUGUCGACACUGGCUUCUCAAAACAGAGCGUCUACAACCCUCGUAUCCGGGUUGAGUCUUUACUCGUGGCUCCAAUUUCUAAGGCGUCUGCCAAACAGCGAGCUGGGCGUGCAGGUCGAACGCGGCCAGGAAAAUGCUUCCGAUUAUAUACAGAGAAGGAUUUCAUAUCGGAACUGGAAGAACAGACGCACCCAGAAAUCCUUCGAUGCAACCUUUCCAAUACCGUUCUUGAGUUGAUAAAGCUUGGGAUAACCGACCUAGUGCACUUUGAUUAUAUGGAUAGCCCAGCUCCGGAAACGAUUAUGCGCGCUUUGGAGUUGUUAAACUAUCUCGGUGCAUUGGAUAAUAGAAGUAACCUCACAGAUCUCGGGAGAAUCAUGGCGGAGUUCCCACUCGACCCUCAACUAUCCAAGCUAUUGACAUCGAGUGUUGGGUUUUCCUGCAGCGAUGAGGUCUUGACCAUUGUUUCGAUGCUUUCUGUCCCAACUGUUUUUCUUCGUCCUCCUGAUCGGCGUGCCGAGGCCGAUUCCGCUAGAGCUCUAUUCACCGUUCCAGAGAGCGACCACCUUACGCUCUUGACAGUGUUCAACAAUUACAUGCGCAAUUUGCGCAAUAAGCAAUGGACAUGGAAUAAUUACUUGUCCAAUAGGGCGCUCAGUCAGGCUCAAAGCGUCCGAACACAGAUCAAAUCCAUGAUGGAGAGGCACGAUAUUGGCCUUGUGUCAACUAUAGAUCGACGGCAACUUUAUAUCAAUAUUCGCAAAUCCUUAGUGUGCGCCUUCUUCAUGCAGAUCGCUCACAGAGAAAACCAGCGGAAGACGUACUUAACAGUCAAAGACCACCAACCCGUCCGAUUACACCCUACUUGUGGCCUUGAUUCAGAUCCGGAAUGGGUUCUCUUCAACGAAUUCGUAUUGACUCUCCAACCGUACAUCCGCACGGUAACCGCUGUGCAAGGCGAAUGGUUGCUUGAGCUCGCUCCCCAAUAUUUUGAUUUGAAGACCUUCCCUGAUGGAAAGAUCAAGUGGGCGCUGCAAGAAGUUAUCGAAGAGGGGACCGCGAGGAAGGACGAUGAUGUUAGUGGUCGAGGGAAGGAGGCUGCGGGGAAGGACGACGAUAUUAAUGGCAAGGACAAGGAAGUUGUGGGCAAGGACGACGGGCUUAGUGGUCGUGGAAAGGAAGGCAGGAAGAGCAAUAAUCGCGGCAAGAAGGGAGGCGCGAGGAAGGACGCUGAAAUUAGUGGUCACGGUAAGGAAGGAGUCCCGGGGAAGGACAAUGCUGUUAGUGGUCACCGUAAGGAGACGGUCGCGGGGAGGGGUGGUAUUAAUGGCCAUGGCAAGAAAAAAAGGGUGGUGGGGGAAGCUUGAGGUAUCAGUGGUCGAGAUGAGACGCGAAAGCUGUGAUGUACUGUAUCGCAAUUUUCCUUUUUCCAUCCUUGACCUUAUUUAAUUUGCCUCCCAUUUUCAUCCGGCCUUGCGACGGCACUGCUGUCAGAAGCAAUGAAAUUAAUAGCGAUAGCUGGAAUGAUCAUUGUACAUUAUUCCAUACGAUCUUCUACUUUUCAUUUUCAUUCCCACUGAAAUCCUACUAUACUCGAG